AUAUUGGGUUUUCUUUCUUGAUCUAUAUGGAAGGAAACUUGAGCAGAAUAUAAAAACAAAAAGGGCAAUUAGUUGGGCAUCCAUGAGAGGUAAUUAUAGAAACAAAUAUUAAAGUAAGAACCCUACUACAAUAUAUAUUUACACAGGACAGUGUGAUGAGGAUUAAGAAGUUGCUGCAGCAUAUAAAGAUGGAAUUGUCACUUAUAUAUGUUAUAAUUUUGCUUCUGAACAUGUUUGAAUUUUCAUCAGGAAUAGUAUACAAUAAAGCUGAGUUUUGCCUUUUUAUUUUAGAUAUUGCAGCUGUAGAAGAAUGGUUAGUAAGGAUAACUUUACAUAAAGGAUUAAAUAUUUAUGCUACUGAGGGAACCUUAUUGGAUAGCGUUCGAGAACCUAUUCUACAGUGGACUCUUGGAAGAGCGAUGGUAAAACAUGAGGUCAAAACAUUGUAUCCACAUGUGAUAGACAUCAAAGUGACAAAGUGCCCUUGUGCCAAUGAUGUUGCUAUAAUUGGCUUUGUUUUGAAUACAACAUAUAAUGGUGUUUUCAUAGGCCUAACCUUUUCUGGAUUUUGGAAUUAUGGUUCUACCAUGUGGUAUGACCUGACAGAAAACAUCUAUACUUCACUUCAUGAAGAACAUUCAGGGCUUUCCUUGAUUGAUAUGGUUUUAACAAAUCAUGUUUUAGUUAUCCUCACAUCUUUGGGUGUUUUUGUAAGUAAAGAUCUUCGCUAUCCUUCAGGCAAAAUCCUAAAGUUUUCGAGAGCAGACUUUUGUGGUUUUGAAAGGGUUGAUUAUAUCAAAGGAAAAUUAUGGUAUAAUGAAAGAUGUUUUGCCAACAAAGAACAUUUUGAAGUUGAUUAUAUUACUAUCACCUUUGACAGAAAUAGGACUCUAAGUGAGUCGAGCUCUUGUUUUUUUGGUAAGGAACCAUUUGUUGAAUGGUUUCCUUGCUUUCCUGACCAAGAUAGAAUAGCAACUUAUAUGCGCUCAAAUGUGUUAACAUUUCUCAUGGACCAAGAGCGUGAUGCUGGAGUUUACCUCUUAUACGACAAGCUCGAGAAAACUACCAUUGCCUCUGUGAAUGCCAUAUCCAAGAACAACCCAAAUUCCACACCAAAGUUUCCACCUUUCCUAUUUCCUCCCUCGUUUUCUUCUCCUGUUGGAAUGGUAUUUCAUCCACGAAGCCACUUUUUGUAUGUUUAUGGCAAUCAGAUUUGGCUUUCAGUGGAUGGUGGCAACACUUUUGGAUUAUUAGCUGACUUUCAUGAUGAUAUUGUAAAGUCCUCUUAUCACAGUUAUUAUACUUCAGAUAUUACUUUUAUUUGCCUAAGUGGAAGAGUUUUUUUGACAAAAGCAGGAUUAGGAAUAUAUAGUGAAAUUGGAACUAUUAAAAAUAAAGUCUUCGCAUUAUACUACGAUCACUUGGGAUUCAUACAUAAACUGACUCCAGAUCACUCUGAAGAUGGUGGGGUAUUUGAAGGCUUUGGAAAUUCUAGAAGUAUUUUUGGACAGCCUCCUGAUAUGGGAUUUAACACUGCACUAGCACCACAGUUUCUCUCCUUCAGAGAAGUGAUCUUUUUUGCCUAUGUACCUCUGGAUGAACCUCCGGAAACUAUACACACCAAGAAAUUCAAUAAUAUGCAUUAUGAAAAACUUAUACAAUCCAGUAAAAGUGGAAAAGCUCACAUAAGAAAGAUAUUGCAACACAAGACUCCCAAAGGAUUUUUGUCCUCGGUUAUUGCAGAAACAAUAAAUGCUUUUGAAUUAGAAGAUGAAAGUGAGAGCCCUUGUUUGUCUAGUUCUCUUCUCAUUGAUAAAACUUCAAAUUUCACCUAUAAACUUACUCUUACAUUACAAACUGCUGGUUCCUUAUUUAAAACUUCAGAUAUAGAAAAGACUGUUGUGAUUCCUGGUUACAGCAGCUUCCUGAUCACGGAAAUUUUGGAUCCGUCGAAUGCUCUGGCUCUUGCUACCAUGCCUCAAAGUGUCCCCCUUAAUAUGACCUUCAUAAGAGAAUCUUGGUUCUUAUACAACUUUGGGUCUGUGAAUGGACGAAAAUGGUCUGUAUUUUCAAAACCAUGUAAUUAUUGGUUUCAACAAUCUGACGAUUCACUAUCCCUCAACGUUGUGAAGUAUAUCGAUCUGGGAAACUCUCAGGUUUUCAAAGUUAAGAUCAUACCUAAUUCAAAUCGUUUUCAAAUAAUCGACUACCCACUAGUGGAAGUAUUAGUUGGAAACCCAAUGUUGUUGGAAGUUAAAGUGGAAGGUGCCUUCGACGAUACUAAUAGUUAUCUAGUGGAAAUUUCUGUAACUAGCAGAUCGUUACGUCAAGGUUCAACUUCACUAGCAUUGAUUGCCUGGGCAGCAUCAACGCAGUGCUUUGUUACAACAGUGGUGACAACAUUGAAAAGUAGCUGUAGUUAUCUCAGAGCUAUGCAACAUGUUUCUAAUAUAAUUAUCCCAUUUGAAGACUGGAUCAGUGGAGUUCAUGAAGACAGUCAGGGUUUUAAUAUGAUCAAAACUUUGCCGGUAAACUACAGGCCUCCAUCUAACAUGGGAAUUGCCAUUCCACUCACAGAUAAUUUUUAUAAUGCAGAUCCUAGCAAACCUAUACCAAGAAAUCUAUUUCACAAGUCCAAGGAAACUGGUAAAUACAAACAGUGUGCUCGUGCUGCUUCUCGAGAGGAGUGUAAUUGUACGAAUGAUCAGAAGUUUUCACAUGCUGUUGCUUUCUCAGAUUGCAAAGAAAAAGUUCCUCGCUUCAAGUUUCCAGUUACACAAUAUCCAAUUUCCUUGGAAAUUUUCAGUGAAAAUGAACGAAUCCCGGUGAAAUCUCCAUAUUUGGUUACUGUAACUGAAGUGAAUAUGAGGAAAAACUGGAAAUUAAAACACUUUGUACCCCAAAAUGUUAAAAAACUAAAAGAUCACUUAGAAGCAGUCCUUCGUGUUCCAGUGUAUAAUCCUUCAGGUCUCAACAUAAGUAUAAGGGGUUCAGAGCUUUUUCACUUUAGAGUGUCCGUUGUUCCAGGGGUCACUUUUUGUAACUUGGUUGAAGAAUUUCAGAUUUAUGUUGAUGAGGUACCGUUGCCAUUUCCAGGACAUACACUCAUUGCCGUGGCAGCAGCUGUAGUGCUAGGGGGAUUGAUUUUUACCGCAUUUAUGCUUCAACUGCAUAACAUCCACCCGUGGAGGGCAUUCCGAAGAUGGGUUCGAAGAAACACAAUAAACCUAUCAAAUGCAACUAUCAAUUAACUGACUCAUAGAUGAAAUUCUGAAUGAUUAACAAAUGAUAAUCCUAAAGUCACUUUAUUUUCUAGUUUCAUUAAACAAGUCCUAGAACAAUUUAUUUAAACAUUGAAUAGGUAAACUAGAUAAAAUACUAAAGAAUUACCAUUAUAACUCAAAUUGUUAUUUGUGAGUAGAUUUACCAUUCCAUUUUCUUGUUUUGAAUACAUAUUUCAGAACUUGUAUAGAAGAUUCUCCUUGAUGCUUUUUGAAUAAUAUAAAGUGAUAACCAACCUUGUGCA